AAUGUUUGGAAAAUAUCUUUGGUUGUACUUAUAACAUUGCAGAAUGCAGUAUCAUGUAGAUGUGUAAUAUUCGAUCAUGGCAACGAGAAGGCGCCCGUUGCACCAAAAUGCAGGGUCGAGACUUAACUUCAGGCCUCAGGAUAGUUAUUCCUUCGAAGCAAGGGGAAGGAAGCCUCUACCAGAGCCGUCGUCGAUAGGCAACGUCCUACUGAUGAUGGUGCUUCAUGUUUGCAGGAAGACUUUGUUUGUUGAUACAAGCAUUAAGGUGGCUGUGUAUGGUGGUUGUUUAUUUCUCCUUUCACUCAUAGCAGAUAUAUUACCUUUUCCACGCUCAUACUUUUCGAGUUCUGCGAAUGUGUUUAAUGUUUAUUUCGUGAAACUCGGUUGGGGAUGGACGCUCCUCGUAGCUUUUCCAUUUCUCAUUUUGACAAGUUACACUUAUUGCUGUGGUAAGCGAGAGCUUGUCCUGAAACACUUAAUGAGACUUGGUAUAUCCACGUGCUGUUGGUUUUUCUGGGUUAAUACUUUCAGUUACAUAGAAUCAAAUUAUGGAAGGUGCAAUCCAAAGAAACACAGCUCGAAAUCAGUAUGCCUGGGAGCAGGUGGAAGUUGGUAUGGGUUUGAUUUAUCAGGGCAUGCAUUUAUAUUGAUUUAUAGCAAUCUCGUGUUGAUUGAAGAAGCGAGAGCUAUAAUCGGAUGGGAAGGAAUACGCGACUUGAUUCGGAAUGAAGAACAUGCAAGAAGCAACAGUGAUGCGUCUGUCAGCAAUAGCCCAUUGAGAUUGUUGACAGAAGUUGAGUUCCUGCGUUUGAAAGAGUCAUACCAAAAAUUUACGCCCUAUAUACGUUCCUUAUUUAUUGGAAUGACUACCUUAAGUGUGUUGUGGGAUGUUAUGUUGGUGAGCACAAUUCUUUAUUAUCAUAUAAUGAUUGAAAAGUUCAUCAGUGGUGCUAUAGCAAUUCUUAUGUGGUUUGUGACCUAUAGGUAUUUAUAUACUUUAAUGCGCAACUUACCUGGUGAAGGACUGUUUAAAUACAGAGAUUUAAAUGUAAACAGAAGUGUUCCAUUAAACAAAAGAUCAUCAACAACAAAUGUGAAAAAUGAUAUACCCAGGUUUAUGGGGAUGCCUUUAUAUGCAGCAAGAAAUGUAGAGGAAGAAAGUCAACAAAAUGAAGAUCAGUCUUCAUCUGUGAAAACUCAGCUCUGACAUAUGUAGGUGUCCACUUCUGAAUGACCUGCUGAACAGUUAGUUACCUGCACAACUUUUCUAACUUACUUGUUAGCAUCGGAGGGAGAGCUCUGGAGAAGUAAAAGAAUUGAUGAUCAUUGAUUAUUUCAAUGAAGCAGGCAUUAAAUUUAGGACAUUUGUAAAAAAUUGAAAUGCACACUUGUUUCAGAGUGAUUAAUUUUCAAUGUGAUACCUCAUUUGCAAUGCAAUUACUGCUUCACUGUUCUGUUAGAAGUCUUGUAUGAAAUAGAUAUUCAGAUACGUUUAUGAGGCUGCUAAUUAAGAUUCAAGAUGACCUGUGGUAAAUAUUUGUUUAUACAGUAUUUAUAAGCAAUAUUCAUUAAUAACUUUUUUUAUUGGUAGAGUGUAUAACCCAUCAGUGGUAAUUCUCAACAUAAGAUGCCAUACAUUUCAUUUAAGAAGUUGUAUUUCCUUGGUAAAGUAUCUGUCCUUCAAAUUUUUAAUAUCCUUCUUUUACCUGUAUAUAAUGUUUCUGUUUGGUAUACAACAGAAGCAACCAGCGAGUGACAUGUUACUCUAUAUAUCUGUGUUUUGGAAGCCUUUUUCUCAGAGCUCUCUGUUUUCACUGAAUUUUUUUUUUGGAACUGUAGUCUAAUAGUAAUGUGUAACUGGAUUUUAUAAUGUGACAGUCACUGAGGAGCAAUCAGUUCAGUUUUGAUACUGAAUGGUACUCAUGUACAAAACUUGUAUCGUGGUAGUUGAUCAUGUGUGUUUUGUAAAAUCUAUGACAUUUUUUCCAGAAUUUUACUGUAGAAGCUAUAAUCAGAAGGGAAAUAACAUAAAUACUUCUUUUGAGGUUACUAUUCUUAUGGUCUGUCUUUAAGGCACCUAAUUUUUUCAUGCAGGAAACCAAUUUUUGGAAUGGAAUGUUAUUUAUAAUCGUUGAAAUGUGAGAUGGCUUUUUAAAGAUGUUUCCCACUGAAAGUAAGAAUUACUUUGUCGUGAUUGUUUUGUUUUAUUUAUUUGGAAGUAAGAGCACAAAUAUCUCUUUUUCAGUUGAUGACUGUUUGACACAAAGAAUUUGUGUUGCCAUUGGUGUAUUCAUUCCUUACCUUAGGAGUUCUGUUGCACUGGUGUUCUUUGCUAGGUGAUGAAACAGCAAAAAAUUGCUCCCAUUUCUUUAUAUAUUGAAAUUGCACUGCCUCUCAAACAAGCUGACUUUCUGGUUAAAUUUUACAUAUGGUAAGAUGAGUUCUGUGAUUGUCUGGUGUUGAACACUUCAGUCUAAACAGCCUCUCACAGGCACCAGUUUCCUUCCUUUGUAGAAUAUUCACUGUAUGUCUGUUGCAAUUCUACUUGAGUCCAAAAGGUUCAUUAGAUUUGUCCUGAUUUAGAGAAGACUGGCAGCAUUGUUGUAUUCUAAUUAAAAUUAUUUUGUGUUUGACAUUCCAGCGAGUCAAGUGGUAGCGGCCAUCCGCCAUCCAAUAGUAGUUGAGUGCCUAGUGCUUGCUGUGUUGCCUGUAAUGCAGUUUUCAUAUAUUGCCUUGUAAAGCAUGAUUGGCUGCGCACAACCAACACUGCUCCCCACAGCUGCAAUCCGUCAGUCCCAAAAUCAAGUUUAUUUGGAAUAUAGCCACUGACACAAAUUUUGCAUUAUGACAGCAUAAUAAUCUCCAACUGGAAAUGGGGUCAAUUCUGUGGGGACCACAUAUGCCAGUAGCAUGAAUAGACAGCAGUUUGUAUUUGAUGGAUAUGUGCCUCAGAGUUAACAUUUUUAAUGACAAAUCCUUUUUAUAAAAAUUUUGGUAAUGUGUGCUUUUAUGAUUUGUGUUAUCUGAUACCUACUCGUGUACAGUCCUUCAGGGAAAACGAGAUAAUUUUAAGCUGCCUGAACUGUAUUUUCAAGUGUUCGAUGAGCAUAGUCAUAUUUGCAUUGACGUAAAUGACCCUCGCAUUUGGUAUCUUUGAAAUGCUGAAGUUGCCUCAUAUGAUCUGUCAGUGUCGAUCCAUAUCAUCAUCAAAAUCCAAUGUGUAAAAUACUCAAUAUAAGAAGAAUUGUAGUUUAUCUCAUAAGACCCCAUUUGUUGGCUUUUGAACUUCCACUUAAGUUUUACAAUUCAACUGAGAUGUAAGGGCAGUGUGUGAGAAGUCAUGACACCAGAACCUACAUUCCAAAAGGUAAUAUUGAAAGAAAAAAGGUCACUGUAGUGUUUUAUUUCUGUCUGCACAUAUGUCAUGCAUCACGUCAUUAUGCUACAGGUCACAGUUUGCAUCCAGUACUGAUAGGCCUUACUGACCUGGUAUGUGGGAACUGUAGCCACACUUCAUUUUUCUCAUAGCUAUCCUUAUCGUAAUCUGAAUUAUAGUGUACUUUCCAUAAAUGUUUUCUCUAAUGAUUCAUAAAUUCUGUGUUUGCAUAUGUAUGUUGACAGACCUUACUUUUGAAAAUCAUUUUGGCUGCUUAUAACUUAGAAAGAAUAUCAGAUAGUUGGCCAAAUACUUCAGCCUGAGUGUAGUUUCCCUUUGUAUGUACACUCUUAAGUUUUCGUAACAUUCAAACCUGUCUUCAUUGUUUUCUAGAUAAUGUUUACUUAUUGGGAGGGGGAUGAAUAAAUUAACUCAGUUGUAUGCAAAGACUUAGGUUUACUGCAAGUUUGGUGUUACUAUUAUCUUAUUGUUAUGAAAUACCCAUUUAUUCCUUUAAACAGUGCAAUAUUGGAGUUUUGCCAUUUACAUGUAAUGUUUUAACAGUAAUUCAGAUUACAGUAUCAGUGGGAAUUUGAAAAUGUCUGAGAGUGAGAGCCAGAGAAACUUUUUGUGCUCUUAUGUGUUUUGUUUUUGAGGGAUGUUCAAAUCCUUUUCCAGCCAAUAUGCUGUUGAAAAAUUGUAUUAAAUGUCUUUCAGAAUUGCAAUUGAACUUUGGCCAAUGUCUUCAAUUUAUUUUUUUUAUUUAUUUCUAUUGAAUGUAUUUCUGUUUCUUUUACCUGUGAAUCUGACUUUGGUUUUCCAUUUUUAAUGUAUGUUUGAAAAAUGCUGUGGUGGUAAGAUGAAGUUAGAGAAUUCAGAUGAAAUGUGUUUUUUUACCAGGCAGCUGAACUAAAAGUUUUAAAUUUUCUCACAGUAUAUUUAUGAAAUAAAGCAAAAUUUUGUGUACUGUAGGCUCUCUAUCUCAAUUUGAAAUUUAUUUUAUUCCAUUAUGUGAAGGCUGUGAACAUUUUAUUAAGGCAGUACAAAUUAUUAAACUUCGUACCAGUGGUAAUGUUGCCCAGAUAGAAGCCAGGAAACAAAUAGCAAAAUGUGAAAUACAUAAAAUGUAUAUCUGUGAUGUGUUUUUCUUAACAAAUAUGUAUUUUAAGGAUUGUUAAAAUAUAUACUUUUCUAUAUUAA